AUGCUUAUCCCUUUGCUCCUAGGAGCCACCGUCGUGGUGGCAAUACCAGCAAAUGUUGAGCGAGAUGCAUCAUCUGCUAUUCCUGUUAGUGAAAAAGUCCCUCAAACAGCAGGAACAGCCAUCUUGAAUCCAUUUGUAGCAUUUUCGAUUGAAUUCUCUUCUUUCCCCGAUUUUGCUGGCAACUCUUCCCUACCAAAUCAGUUCUCCAAGAAUCUGCUCGACAAUCUUGGUAAGCUCCAAGGUAGAAAGCCGCAUAUUCGUGUUGGUGGAAACACCCAGGAUCUGGCCUUGUACGAUCCAGACCUGAAAACAGGUAUCCAGGGAACAUACGUCCCAGCUGUGUCUGAAGAUUAUCCAUCUAUCAUCUCAUAUGGACCCUCAUACUUCGAGUCAUACUCGACCUGGCCGGGCGUCAAAUUUAGUCACGGCUUCAACAUGGGCGAAAAUGGCACUGUGGGCAUAGAUAAUCUCAUUGCUACCGUACCACUGGCAUGUAAAGCCCUGAAAGACGGCAAACUGGCCUACUGGGAGAUCGGAAAUGAGCCAGAUCUUUUCAAGACAACUACACCGAACAGUGUACGACCUACGAGUUGGAUAGAGAGUGACUAUGUGACCGAGUGGCUGGCUAAGGCGCAAAUUGUCAAGCGUCAGCUCAAGAAGAGUUGCCCUGAGAUGGCAAAAGAUGCCGAGUACAAGUAUCUUGCGCCGUCAUUUGCAGGACUGACGAACAGUUUGGAUCCGCUUAAGACUUGGCAAAAUGGACUUGAUACAGAUCACAAUAUUGGGUUGAACUCCAUGCACAACUACAUCGGUGGUGCAGAUCAACCAGGUGUCACCCUCCGACACACCCUCAUGAACCACACUUCGACUGCACACAGCGUCAACCAGCAUGCCAAUCUUUCCCAAGUGCUCAACUCACAAGGCCUGACCAAGAAUAUCCCCUAUAUUCUUGGCGAGACCAAUUCGCUCUACCAUCAAGGCAAACCGGGACUAUCCAACUCAUUCGGCGCAGCACUCUGGGGUGUGGACUUCAAUCUCUAUUGCGCGUCACAAAGCAUCCAGCGAACACAUAUGCACCAGGGCACAGACUAUCGCUAUGCAUCCUGGCAGCCUGUCCAAACCAACAAGACAACCAUUGGAACCAAGGCACCUUACUACGGCAACGCAAUGGUCGCCGCAAUGCUGAGAAGCAACAAGGACAGCGACAAUGUCCAGGUUGUCAAUCUCCCCUUAUCGGAAGAGACAGAGGCUGCUUAUGCGGCAUAUAUCAACGGUAACCUGGCCAGAAUUGCAGUGGUCAAUCUGCAAGAAUACAACUACACAACUACGAACUCGGACUCGGAUUCGCUAUCGGAUUCGCCUUCAGCCUCGACGCAGCGACCCGUGGCAAAGUACACUUUCCAGCUCCCUGCAACCUCGGCAAAGUCGCUAUCCGUCCAACGGUUGAUGGCAAAUGGCACCGACUCCAUUACAGGCAUCACCUGGGACGGUUGGUCAUAUAACUAUGAACUCCAGGGCGGGGAGCCUGUGCGGCAGUCCAAUGUCACGAUUGGUGAAUCGCUGUCCGUGAGCAAGAAAGGGAUGAUUGAGAUUGAAGUCCCUUAUUCCAGUGGUGCGAUGAUCAGUCUGUAG